AUGAGUGUCCAACCAAGUGGAUCCGAUUUUGAAGUUGCCUACGCCUCGCCCAGCGUUCAUGACACAGCACAAGCUGAGAGCUAUGCCUUCGGACUCGGAAAUUUCCUAUCAGACAACCGAAAGAGACGUGACUAUGGCACGAGUGUGUCUGUCCCUAUUUUUGACACCGACGGCUUCACAAAUGAGGACUUUCGGCUUACGGCCGCCAAAGCAGUAUGGAGCUAUCUACAAUCCGUGUCCCUCGAUAAUGUCUCUGUUGAGAUAAUGGAUCGUUGCAGGUUGAGCGAUGGCCUAAAGUCUUCUUUGAUUCCUAAGGAUCACAUUUUCUUUCGUCACUGGGAACCUCUGCUCCAAACCAUCUUAGGAACGGUUGAUCUCGGUGGGGUGACGACGAUUGGAUGCCUCCGUCGAGGCCACCACAGCCAUCCCACCGUAUUAAUCACAGUCGCUAGAUACAGCGACAGAAAUUGGCCAAUGUUUCGCGAAGCGAUCAUCAGAAUUCUUGACGAAAAAGGGUUUGUCAUGAUGGCUGUUGAGAUAAUGAGGGACAAGCUAUCUGAAAGGGUUCUGGAAGGGCCAGGCAGACCAGGUCAGAGCUUGUCGGCCGAAUCAGUUGACAAUGGUUCUGGGAGUCUAGGUGGAUUCUUAAGUCUCAAGUCUCAAGCCCAGAACUGGGAUUUGUUCGCUUUAACAUGCUUCCACUGCAUUCUGCCUAAGGUUUUACACAGUCAGCCCGCUCAAAGCAGAACCGGAACAUGGAAGAGCGAAGGAGUCUACCCCUCUGACAUAUACGCGCGCACUGAGCUUCAAACUAACUCUCCUAGCCUCCAGUCAAUUAGUGAGCAGAUUGCAAUUUGUGAUGAGCGGAUCAAAGGAAUCGAACAAAAUGCUUUCUGGCAAAAAUGCCAGGAAGAUAUUGCCCAAGGAGUCUUCGAACUUUCGGCGAAACAAAGAAAAGCGCAAUUCAAAAACUUCGCGGCAAAUUUAAACCAGCAGAAGGAGUUCAGGAGCAAGUUAGGACGGGGAAAAGACGAGCUUGGUUUUGGAUCUGUGUGGGCCGCAUCUGGCUUCAAAUCCAAAUGGCGAGUACCCACAAUCCCUCAAGGUCAUCUUCCGACCACUUUUGACUAA